UGCUUGGCAGCAAUAGGGAAAAACGGAGGUGAGCAGCUAUUAUCGCUGGGACAAGGAUGUGAUUCGGUCAGUAUUGCCGCUCAUGAGAUCGGCCAUGCACUCGGGCUGUACCACACUAUGUCCAGGCACGAUCGUGACCAGUUCAUUAUAGUGGACAUGGCAAAUGUUGAGCCUUACUACCGUAACCAACUAUUGCACCACAACUAUGCACAAACAUUUGGUUUGCCCUACGAUUACGGCAGUAUUAUGCACUACAGCGGAUCAAGCGUGUCGAUCAAUAAAAUGCAGCCAGCGAUGAUGGCUUUCGAUCUUGACCAUCAACAAACUCUAGGAUCACCGUUCGUCUCCUUCAUUGAUCUGUCAAUGAUUAAUGAGCUUUAUGGAUGCAAAUCUAUGUUUAUUGACAGCGUGUCGAUCAAUAAAAUGCAGCCAGCGAUGAUGGCUUUCGAUCUUGACCAUCAACAAACUCUAGGAUCACCGUUCGUCUCCUUCAUUGAUCUGUCAAUGAUUAAUGAGCUUUAUGGAUGCAAAUCGUCGCCGCAGACGUUGUGUCGUCCUGCUCCUUAUUCGGUAGCUUGUGGAAUGUACGGUUUCCCAAACCCACGUGAUUGCAGAAAAUGUAUCUGCCCUGGUGGUUAUGGUGGAGAUCGAUGUACAGAAAGACCAAAGGGUAACUGUGGAAGUACAAUAGGAGCGUCGCCAUACUGGAACAUCCUCAGAGUUGUUAUGGGGGAUGUUAAUGUUCGCCAACCAUUAGAGGACUUCACCGUGUGCAACUACUGGAUCACGCAUCUCGAAUACUUCGACCAGUUCCCACAACGACCACAUCUUUUCUCCCAUCUUAUUUCUGGACUUCCGGUGAAGCAGCGCGCAGAUGUAUUAACCACCCAAGCUGUUCAUAUUUACGUCAUCUUAUGUUAG